AUGUCACAGCCCUCUGUUCAUCAGCUUUUUAGACGUCUUGAAACUGUUGGCAAAGGCGCUUACGGUUCGGUCCACAAAGGCGUACACAUCCCCACAGGAAACGUUGUAGCCCUCAAAAUCAUCAAUCUAGAUACCGCAGACGACGAUGUGGAGGCGAUACAGCGCGAAGUCGCUUUAUUGACCCAGCUACGAGACGCCCCCAAUGUUACAAAGUAUUACGGUUGCUAUCUCGAUGGCCCUCGCGUUUGGAUCGUCAUGGAGUUUGCUCAGGGUGGAAGCGUACGGACUCUCAUGCAGGCAUCCAAGGAGGGCGUUAUUGAGGAGCGAUACAUAGUAAUUAUUGUUCGCGAGGUUCUCGUUGGACUCAGCUACCUCCAUAAAUCUGCCAUCAUUCAUCGAGACAUCAAAGCUGCUAACGUCCUCAUCACUGCCUCGGGCAAGGUCAUGAUCUGUGAUUUCGGUGUUUCUGCCCUCUCUGCAACCACAACGAGCAAACGAAACACCCUGAUGGGUACACCUAACUGGAUGGCCCCUGAGGUCGCCCAGGCAGUCCCCGCCUACGACAGCAAAGCUGAUAUAUGGAGUCUAGGAAUCAUGGUCUAUGAAAUGGUCAAAGGUGCACCGCCUCAUGCGGACAUGAGGGAUGCUAUCAAGGUUAUGCACAUGAUCACGAGGGUCAAGCCUCCACGCCUCAACGAAGGUGAGGCCAGCAAGGAUUUGCGGGAUUUCGUAUCUAAUUGCCUGAGGGAGCUACCUGGAGAUAGACUUGCCGCUGAAGAGUUAAUCAAGACCAAGUGGAUCAAGUCAGUAGCAAAAACCAGCGUGUCUGUUUUGCGGGAUCUCAUCUUGAGAUAUGACUCGUGGUUACAAACUGGUGGCUCUCGGACCAGUCUUGCGGAACCCUUGGAUUGGGAGAAUGAAGAGAAGAAAGAGUCAGUUUGUCACUCUUCUGUACAUUCACUCAAAUUUCUCACCAUGCAUAUACCACAGCCUACAACGCACAGCUGCAGAAGACUACGACGACGACGACGACGACGUCUGGCAAUUUGA